UCUGACUUAGUGUGGGGAUUUUAACAACUGGUAAACAAGUUCAGAUUAAAUGAAUUCAGACUCAGAGGCUUUCCUGAAGUGUAAUCUUCCUCAGAAACGAAAGAUGAUGCUAAUCCUUCUCUGUAUUCUCCUAACUACUGGAGGGACAACAGGACACCGCAGUCCUCUGAAUGAUUACCAGCGCUCAGAGGGCAGAGAGCUCGUUCCGACCCCAUGGAACCUAGCUCGGAUGCAGAUGUUGCCAGGUUUGAGCCUGGAGGAAUGUGCAAGCCGCUGCUUGAACUCUCUGGACUGCAGAGCUUUCAACUAUGAGACCCGUCCGAUUGGUACUUGUAAACACCUGCCCUGGGUGGCUGACGGAAGCAACGCAGAAGUCAAGAGAAACGUCAACUGUGAUCUUUAUGAAAAGAAAGUCUAUGUAAGAAAGUGCAUUGUAGGCAAAGGGGAAGACUACAGAGGGAAAGUUUUCACCACAAAGAGUGGGCUCACCUGUCAACAGUGGUGGUCCAAGUUUCCUCAUGAUCACAGGUGGACUCCCACCCCUACCAAUGGGCUGGAGCUGAACUACUGCAGGAACCCAGAUGGGGACCGUAUCGGUCCUUGGUGCUACACCACCGACCCUGAGCGACGCUACGAGAGCUGCAACAUCCCCCAGUGUAAAGAUGAGGUCUGCAUCACCUGCAACGGAGAAGACUACAGAGGGCAGGUGGAUCACACUGUGAGUGGCAAGGAGUGUCAGAGAUGGGACCAGCAGUACCCUCAUCAACACAUCUACCAGCCUGAAAAGUACCCUGACAAGAGUUUGGAUGAUAACUACUGCCGUAACCCUGAUGCAUCUCCGGUGCCGUGGUGUUACACCACAGACCCUGAGACAGAGAGAGAAAAAUGUGACAUCAGUAGAUGCACUGAAGUCCGUGUGGAGAAGAGGCAGCGCUCCAGCUUCACCACCAACUGCUUCCGAGGCCGAGGGGAAGAUUAUCGUGGCAAAGUCAACGAGACAACGUCUGGAAUUCCCUGUCAGAGAUGGGACUCCCAACAACCUCAUGCACAUCCCUUUAUCCCAGACAUAUAUGAGUGCAAGGGUUUAGAGGAGAACUACUGCCGUAACCCAGAUGGUUCAGAGGCCCCCUGGUGCUUCACUUCAAUACCAGAGAUGAGGACUGCCCUUUGCCUACAGAUUAAGCGCUGUGCUGAUGACAUUGAGGCCGAGGACUGCUACCAUGAAAAUGGAAGAAACUACAGAGGUGUUGUCCGCAAAACUCGCAAAGGCAUCACCUGUCAGAAAUGGAAUGUGAACACACCUCAUCUGACCAAGAUAAACCCACGGACACAUCCGGAUGCCAACCUGACGGAGAACUAUUGUCGUAACCCAGAUGGGGACCAGCACGGACCCUGGUGUUACACCACUGACCCAAAAACUGAGUUUGAUUACUGCGCCAUUAAACAAUGUGCUGGAGAAAAAGUGUCCUUGACGGAAACAGUAGAGAAGGUGGAGUUCAGUGAGUGCGGGAAGAGAGACGACCGUCCCCAGCCAACCAGGUUGCGUAUCGUGAAUGGAAUCCCUGGGAACUCGCCUUGGACUGUGAGCCUCAGAGACAGGAAAGGAAACCACUUCUGUGGAGGAUCUCUGGUGAAUCCCAGAUGGGUGAUCAGCACAAAGCAGUGCUUCUCCUCCUGCUAUGUGGACUUGCCAGGAUACUCUGCCAUGAUGGGAACCCUUUUCCGUGAUCCGCAGGAAGGAGAGCCUGGUGUGCAAACGAUUCCUCUCACCAAGAUUGUAUGUGGACCUUCUGAGUCUCAGUUGGUCAUGCUUCAAUUGGAAUAUCCGGCACAGUUCAAUGAGCGUGUCUCUCAGAUAUGCCUCCCUCCUGAGCGCUACAUAGUGCCUGAGCACACAAGAUGUGAAAUAGCUGGGUGGGGUGACACAGGAGGGACUGGAGAUGAGACUGUCCUUAACGUUGCACAUGUGCCAGUUAUCAGUAACACUGAAUGCAACAAAUACUACAGAGGUCGCGUCCGAGAAAAUGAGAUGUGCACAAACUCUUUCCAAGCUGGAGUCGGUGCCUGUGAGAGAGACUACGGCGGCCCUCUGGCGUGUCAGAAUGCCGACUGCUGGGUGCUAGAGGGCGUGAUCAUCCCCAUGAGGCGCUGUGGACACCCGGGACAGCCCAACAUUUUCAUCCGUGUGUCUGUGUAUGUUGACUGGAUCAAGAAGGUCAUGGAGAUGGCUUAGCUGUCUGAUAAGGAACUGAAUGAAUGCUUUAACAUUUAAAAGACAUGAACAUUUGUAUCCAGUUAAAGAUUAAAACUAACUGUUUAGUUGGGAUUCAUCUACAGGGUUGCAUAGCUAUACUACAGUGUCAAUAGAAAGCCAGCUCAAAAUACAUAUAUCUUACUGUAAUUUUUUUAGGUUCUUUUGUUUGCAAAGUUUUUAGAAUUAAUUCAUCCAGAAAAUUGUGUGUUUGUUUUUGGAUAUAUAUCACAUUAUGUUCUCCUUUUGUUUGAUGUAUUAUCAUGAUGCAGUGCCUGCAUUUUAUUUUUGUCUCAGAAAUCAACCCAAAUAUUAAGUUAGAGGAACAGAUUGAUUUUCCCAUUUUUAGAUCCAGUGGUCAGUUUUGUUGUCAUUAAUAAUGCAAGCUGAUCAUAACUUAUUUCUCUGCCUCAAUGCAUUUACAGUAUUCUGUGUAGCUAUACUUUUACUGAAGGAGGCUGGGAUGUACCAAGUUUUUAUUAAAUAAAAAAAAAAGAUCAGAUAAAAGUGCAAAGGUAUAGACCAAUACCCAAUUACACAUUAGAGAAGCAGCAAAAAAAAUCUGGCUUUCUGAGUUUAAAGUUCAAC